GUUGACAAGUUCCUGAUAUGUUUACAUGUCGAUGUAAUGUUCGUCUGCUGUGGACAUAUUUCUGUCAGGGACUAUUCGUUGUGUUGGUCAAUCACGAGCUGAGCGCGUGAACAUGCCGAGAGUUUAAUUAUGUUAUGUGGCAAAUGUUUUUGACAACAUGGAUUAUUAAAAUAAUUGUCUCAUAGGAUAUUUAAAAAGAUUACUGCCUUACUGACCUGUUGGGACAUAACUACUUUGACCAGUUCUUUGACCAGUUCUUUACACAGAUCAUCAGCAGGACGUAUAGUAUCCUCAGACAGAGGAACAGCUCACCAUCACUCAGCAAAAGCACAAUAAAAAAGUUCUCCUAAAACUUAAACCAUUUUCAUCACCUACGAACCAAUUAAAACCUUCGAAGGAUACAACGAAGACGAUGACAAGGAAAGUAAAUCACGUGCAUUCCACUUCUGACGAUUGCGACCUGGAACUGACCACCCCUCUGAGAAUGACCGCUGACGCCACCAACGCCGCAAUGGAGGAGCCACAGAAACUGGACAUCAAAGAAAAGAGCUUCAAAAGAAAAAUCGGCAUGAUCAUCAAACAGAAUGGACUCAUUCUGGCCACCUUUGUAGGCAUUUUAUUGGGGUUUUGUCUUGGGUUGGGUUUACGAGAGCUGGAGAUGUCGGACCACGCGCUCAUGUGGUUAGGAUUGCCCGGCGAGCUAUUUCUACGCUGUCUGAAGGCAACAAUUGUACCUUUGGUCGUUACUAUGGUGAUCACAUGUACUGCUACUCUAGACCCAAGGAGCAAUGGUAAAAUUGCUGUGGUUGCGUUGCUAGGGUUCUUCCUGACUCAAGUGGUUGCCUGCACCAUAGCCAUUGUCAUGUUUUUUAUUUUCAAGCCAGAUGGAACCCUAACUGGGGAUCAAGAUAAAAAAUACGGCACUGACCUAGAAACACAAGAUGUAUUCGCUGAUCUCUUUAGAAACUUUUUUCCUGAUAAUGUUGUUGGUGCAGCAAUUUCACAGACAGUUACUGUAUAUGAAAAAAAGGAAUCUCAUCAAAUCAUUGCUAACUCUACUAACAAUGUCACAAAGAUUGUUGUCACGCUAGAGAGAAGCAUUGGGAAAUCAGAUGGAAUGAAUAUCUUAGGUCUUAUCACCAUCUGUACAGCUAUUGGUAUAGCAGCCAAUGCAACUUUAUCUGUGAACAGUGAAUUUCUGAGAUUUUUCAAACAAGCUCAAGAUGUGAUGUUUGUCAUUAUCCGUUGGCUGUUUUGGACCACACCCAUUGGCGUGUUAAGUCUGAUAGCCAAGUCCAUUGCUGCUGUCGAUGACAUAGCUGAAGUCUUUCGCUCCCUGGGGCUGCUGGUCGGGGCUGUAAUAGUGGGUCUGGCCAUACAUCUUCUGAUUGUUUUACCAGCAGUGUAUUUCUUGUUGACCAGAAAGAACCCAUACCUCUUUCUCAUUAGAUGUAUCAGGCCCUUUAUUGUUGCCUUUGCAGCUACUGCAACAUCGGUAGCCAUGCCAGAUAUGUUGACAUCUGCUGACAAGAAUAAUGUCGCAAAACACGUCAGUGCCUUUGUCAUCCCGAUGUCAGUUACUCUUCACGCAGAUGGUAGCGCCCUCUACAUCACUUCAAGUGUACUUUUUCUGGCUCAGACAUCAAGUUUGGGAGUCAGUGUUGGGGAUAUUGUUGUCACUGGUAUACUGAGUUCAGUUUUGUCAUUAGCGAUACCGCCAGUGCCUAGUUCAUCCAUUGUCACUCUGAUCAUCAUUAUGACAUCAUUAAACAUCCCGUUGCAAGGUGUCGCUCUUCUGUUUGCUGUGGAGUGGUUAUUAGACAGGUUUCGUUCGGGGGUCAAUGCCAUUAGCCAUGUCAUGGUUGCAGCUUUCACAUCUGCAAUUUGUGGAUCAGGUUCUACAGAACAAUUGGAACAAAACAUUGAAAGUCCAAAAUCCACAGAAAUAGUUCAGCAAAUCUCAGAAACUGACAAGGAUAAAGAAGACGAGACACAAAGAUCAAAGUUAUAACUUCCCCUGAUCAGAAACAUGUUGUUUGUAAAUAAUUAAAAUAAAAGAAACAAAAGUAUGUACAUGUAUAAAUAGUUUAUUUAUUACAAAACAUAAAAAAGUGCCAAGAGAGGCGUUGGAGAACAUGUUAAAUCUGUCAAUUUUUGUUAAUUUUACCAAGAGACUGAUAAAAUUCCAAUAAAAUGUGCAUUAAGAGAAUUUAUGGAAGUGGGCAAGGGUAAUAUGGGUCUGAGAGUGUCUAUGUCAAACUAGACUGGAGUAUUUACUAAUAUGUUUCUCAAACUGGGGAAUACCUAUUCCUAACAGUCCAUAGAGAACUUUAGCAGUCUGCUAAGGAAGGAGGAGGUAUAUGAACAAAAUUUUAGGUAAUGGUGACCAUUAACUUCAAUGAAUAAUUUACCUGCCUUAUGUUUGUCUAUUAAUUUGAUAAAAAGUAAGGGGGAGGGGGCUACAUGUAGUGGAUUAGUCCACUUAAGUCUUUGUUUUUAAAAGCUAAGAAAUGCUACUAUAUUAUGGCUCUUUAACGCUGGAGGCAUUUGCAUUAAAAUACCUUUGUAUGGUACAGGGCCUGAGACCCAUGAUCUUUGAGGGUGAAUCAAAUACCUUUGUAUGGUACAGGGCCUGAGUCCCUUACUCUUUGAGUGUGAACUUGUAUCCAGAUGUCAAUACAUUCUCAUUUUAGUUAAGACCUAUAUUAAUCUUUAAACUCCAUAGUUCCAAGUUGUUCAUAAAGCAUUUGCAUGUUUUAAAAAUAAGAAUCUCUUUGUCUCAUGGAGGCAUACAUUUAUUUCUCAGAAGAAAUAAAAAAACAAGUUUAAAUGUAUUUCAGCAAUAGCAUUCUUAAAAAAAAGCAUUAAAUAAUAUUGGAUGUACCAUCUUGUUGGCAUAAAGAUUCUCAUCUUACAAAACUAAUAAUCUAAUCUAAUAACUAGAUUUAGGACCAGAAUUUCAGGUGUUUUAGUACUUCAAAGGGAUAAAUUUGGAUUUCUAUUUCUCUCUACAAAUUUCACCAGAGGAUGGUAUAAAAAUUAAAAUUUUGUUUUGUCUUGAAUCAGAUCUUUGGCGCAGUAAGUUAAUAAAAGUUUGUUAGUCAUAAUUUUAAAAGAAAAAAGGAAUCAUUUAAAAUAAAAAAAUUAAGUUGUUUUUUUUUUCUGAAGAUGUGUGACUUUAGGUUUUGUUUAAUUUGAAUGCAUAAUACUUUUAGCUGAGACUUCAGGCACUUUUGUAACAUUUGGUUGUUUAUAAGUUUGUUUUUUGUAGCAAAAUGACAGACCUUUCUGUGCAGGAUGUGUCAUGUUGUUCAGAGACCUUUCUGUGCAGGAUGUGUCAUGUUGUUCAGAGACCUUUCCGUGCAGGAUGUGUCAUGUUGUACAUAGACCUUUCUGUGCAGGAUGUGUCAUGUUGUUCAAAAAUCUUUUGAAAUAUAUACAUCUCUAAUUAAAUAAGGCCUGCAUACUGUGCUUGUAUGAUUAUACACUAUUUUUUAUAUUUUGAUUAUUUCUAAGAAUUAUGAUUUAUUACAUGUUGGGAUCGAAUACAUUGUCUCAUAUACAUAUCCUUAGUCCACUGUUUUAUUUACAUAUCCUGGUUUAACAUUCCUUAUUUAUCAUGGUCACAAUUUUAACAUUGUUUUAUCAAUUUAUCUGGAUGUCUAUCAAUGCCAAUAAGGGAGAAUUUCAAGUCAACACUAAAGAUGACUGAAGAGAAAUUGCAUUUAUACAUUGUCUUGGAUAUUCCUACUCUGUCGCUGACAUAUCCAGUUACAUUUAUGUGACAUUUCCAACUUCUUUCAAUCUUACAAAAGGUUGUACAUCUGUAUUUGACAUGGUUGAGAGUAGUUUAUCUUUUGCAAUACCAAAAUAUAUAUUUUAUAUUCAAAUAAUAACCCCAUAGAAAGGGUGACUUCUUGUAGCCUUUACAAGUCCACUUGUUACGCUACCCUAACUGCCACACAAUGUUUGACAUGCACAUCAAAGUUACUUACACACAAGAUUGUACCAGAAAUUGUAUUACUAAUAAAUCUUUAUUCUACUUUAACUAGAGAUGUGACAGGGUGAUAGUAAAUAUCCUAGAGUUAGUUUAGGGCUUGAUAAUGUGUGAGAGAUAGUAAAUAUCCCAGAGCAGGGAGAUAGUAAAUAUCCUAGAGUUAGUUUAGAGCUUGAUCAUGUAUGAGGCUUACCAAAAUAUUGUUUUCAUUCAUUUUCUUGGCCUUUCUGUUGCCUUGUUACAUGAGUUUCUGGCAGAUAUCUAGUGUUGUCCUCUGAUUAUCAGUAGUGAUGUCUGCCAGAUAUCUGGUUAUGUAUGCUGAGUGUCUGGUGGUGGUGCAUGCAGAGUAUGAGUACAGGGUGGUGUAUGUUUUCUUUGACUACAGGGUGGUUAAACCAUUCUAUUCUUUAUUGUUUGUAAAGUCUGUUGGUGUUGCACCAAACAAUCUUCCUUAAGUCAUUGCCUCUUUACAAAUAUUUUUGGAUUCAACAAACAUUACUCACCUCUCUACAAGUUCUAUGUGUUUGAACCAUUCAGAAAUGCACCCAUUCAUUGAUUUGAAACAAACUUAAUUAUUUUAAAUAUGUUACAACACACAUCUAUCUGUUAAUGUGCUGCUUUGAUUCCUUUUCUAAACAUUCGUACACACACACACAACACACCAUUUUAAAAUUCUCCAGUGCGUGAAAGAAGCAAUGUUUUAAUAAAAAAUUAUUUUUUUUUACAAGUGCCACAAAUGAUUUUUUAAAAUUUAUAAUAGAAAUAUAUGCAAUUGUACAUAUUUAUAUAAUGUUAUAUGAAAAAAAUAAUACAUUUUGUUAACAUAA